GUUUCCUUCCUCCUUCCCCCUGCCCGUCCGCCCGUCUUCCUCCCUGUCUUCCCGGCCUGGCCUCCCCCUCCUUCCCCCGCCGGCCCCCUUCCCGCAGGGAUAAUAUGGUCUCCGGCGAUGGACUCCCCAAAUGCAGGACGCACCUUUGAGUACCUUAUUGAAACAUUAAAUGGCAAUUCACAGAAGAAGUUCUUCAAUGUACCUAAACUUGGAGGCACCAAGUAUGAUAUUCUGCCUUACUCAAUACGGGUCCUAUUGGAAGCUGCUGUACGAAAUUGUGAUGGCUUUUUAAUGAAAAAGGAAGAUGUUAUGAACAUUUUGGACUGGAAAACCAAACAGAACAAUGUUGAAGUGCCCUUUUUCCCCGCCCGUGUUGUUCUUCAAGAUUUCACUGGAAUACCGGCAAUGGUGGAUUUUGCUGCUAUGAGGGAGGCAGUGAAAACUCUUGGAGGUGAUCCUAAGAAAGUCCACCCUGCCUGUCCGACAGAUCUCACAGUGGACCACUCUUUACAGAUUGACUUCAGUAAAUGUGCAAUACAGAAUGCACCAAAUCCUGGAGGUGGUGACCUACAGAAAGCAGGAAAGCUCUCUCCACUUAAAGUGCAGCCUAAGAAGCUUCCGUGUCGAGGCCAGACUACCUGCCGGGGAUCGUGUGAUUCUGGAGAACUAAACCGAAACUCAGGAACAUUUUCUUCACAGAUUGAGAAUACACCUGUCUUGUGUCCUUUUCAUUUGCAACCAGUGCCUGAACCUGAGACAGUGUUAAAAAAUCAAGAAGUAGAAUUUGGCAGAAAUCGAGAGAGGCUUCAGUUUUUCAAGUGGAGCGCAGGAGCCUUUAAGAAUGUGGCCGUCAUCCCGCCUGGAACUGGAAUGGCUCAUCAAGUGAACUUAGAAUACUUAUCAAGAGUCGUGUUCGAAGAAACGGACCUGCUCUUCCCAGACAGCGUAGUUGGCACAGAUUCUCACAUAACCAUGGUGAAUGGAUUGGGGAUUCUUGGGUGGGGAGUUGGAGGCAUUGAGACAGAGGCAGUUAUGCUUGGCCUGCCAGUUACUCUUACUUUACCAGAGGUGGUUGGAUGUGAGCUAACUGGGUCAUCCAAUGCUUUUGUUACAUCCAUAGAUAUUGUCCUUGGCAUUACAAAGCACCUCAGGCAAGUAGGCGUGGCUGGAAAGUUUGUUGAGUUCUUUGGAAGUGGAGUUUCACAAUUAUCUAUUGUUGAUAGAACUACCAUAGCAAACAUGUGUCCAGAAUAUGGUGCUAUCCUCAGCUUUUUCCCUGUUGACAAUGUGACACUACAACAUUUAGAACAUACAGGUUUUGACAAAACCAAACUUGAGUCAAUGGAAAAAUACCUUAAAGCUGUGAAAUUGUUUCGAAAUGAUGAGAAUUCUUCAGAACCUGAAUAUUCUCAGGUGAUACAGAUUAAUCUGAAUUCAAUAGUUGCAUCUGUCAGUGGUCCAAAAAGGCCUCAGGAUAGGGUUGCUGUAACAGAUAUGAAAAGUGAUUUUCAGGCUUGUUUAAGUGAAAAGGUUGGAUUUAAAGGCUUCCAAGUUGCAGCUGAAAAACAAAGUGAUACCGUCUCUGUUCGUUAUGAUGGAAGUGAGUAUAAGCUGUCUCAUGGAUCUGUGGUCAUUGCUGCAGUUAUCAGUUGUACUAAUAAUUGCAAUCCAUCUGUGAUGCUUGCUGCAGGUCUUUUGGCUAAAAAGGCUGUUGAAACUGGUCUACGAGUUAAACCUUAUAUAAGAACAAGUUUGUCUCCAGGCAGUGGGAUGGUUACACAUUACCUCAGUUCAAGUGGAGUGUUACCCUAUCUUAGCAAGCUAGGGUUUGACAUAGUUGGCUAUGGAUGUUCAACGUGUGUAGGAAAUACAGCACCUUUAUCAGAAGCAGUUUUGAAUGCAGUAAAACAGGGUGAUUUGGUUACCUGUGGAGUUUUAUCUGGAAACAAACAUUUCGAAGGCCGUCUUUGUGAUUGUGUUCGUGCCAAUUAUCUCGCCUCUCCGCCCUUAGUGGUGGCUUAUGCCAUAGCAGGCACAGUGAAUAUAGACUUCCAGACAGAGCCUUUAGGUACUGACUCUACGGGCAAGGAAAUUUACCUGCGUGACAUUUGGCCUAGUCGAGAAGAAGUUCAUCAGAUGGAGGAAGAACAUGUUAUAUUGUCAAUGUUUAAAGCACUAAAAGAGAAAGUAGAGAUGGGAAAUAAACGGUGGAAUUCCUUAGAUGCUCCAGACUCAGUGCUGUUUCCAUGGGAUGUGAAGUCUACUUACAUCAGAUGCCCUUCAUUUUUUGAUAAACUUACCAAAGAGCCAGCUGCAUUCCAGCCUAUUGAAAAUGCCCAUGUCCUGUUGUAUUUGGGAGACUCUGUCACUACAGAUCAUAUAUCACCUGCUGGAAGUAUUGCUAGGAGUAGUGCUGCUGCUAAGUAUUUGACAAACAGAGGCCUUACUCCCCGAGAGUUCAACUCUUAUGGAGCCCGAAGAGGUAAUGAUGCUGUGAUGACAAGAGGCACAUUUGCAAACAUCAAGCUUUUUAAUAAGUUUAUUGGGAAGCCAGCUCCCAAAACAAUUCAUUUUCCAUCGGGACAAACGCUCGAUGUAUUUGAAGCUGCAGAACUGUACCAGAAAGAAGGUAUCCCACUGAUAAUUUUAGCAGGAAAAAAAUAUGGUUCAGGAAAUUCAAGAGAUUGGGCUGCCAAAGGACCCUAUUUGCUGGGUGUAAAGGCUGUUUUGGCUGAAAGCUAUGAAAAGAUACACAAAGAUCAUUUGAUUGGAAUUGGAAUAGCGCCACUUGAGUUCCUCCCAGGAGAAAAUGCAGAUUCCUUGGGCCUCUCUGGCAGAGAAGUAUUUUCUUUAUCAUUUCCUGAAGAACUCUUUCCUGGAAUUAAAUUAAAUAUAAAGACAAGUACUGGAAAAGAGUUCAGCGUGAUUGCAGCAUUUGAAAAUGAUGUGGAGAUAACUUUGUACAAACAUGGAGGCUUAUUAAACUUUGUGGCUCGAAAAUUCUUAUAGUAUCUACUCACCGUGGUAUCUUUCAUGACUCGUAACUGCAAAGCCUUCUGUGCUGGACCCAGGAAUCAUUGCCAUGGAACUGCAGAUAACUUCAGUAUACUUAUCUCAUCCAUGGAUGUAAAUGAUAAUGAAUCAAUGUAGUGACUAAAAUGAAAUCUUGAUUUUAAAUAAUAUACGAAUGGUGCUAUUAACAUUGCUAAAAUCAACGUAUGAAGUGUGUUGUGGAAGAGACCUGUAAGUAUGGGGGGGUAUAUUUUAUGAGAACAUUUUGUAAAUAAAGACAGAAUUUGAACUUGUGUUGAAGAUUCCUAUGAAUAGCCGUUCUAAAGCUGUUUGUUUUGUUUUGCACCUUUAAAACUGUACCACUCUUUGUUGGUUUAAGAAUAGCAAGUUGAAAUAGAAGAAUCCAGAUUAGACCCUAAGAUUGUGGAAAUGGGUACCUGAUUUAUAAAUGAAUUUUUUUAAGUGUUUUUCUUUCCAGAAUUGAAUUGGACACAGUUGGCAUUCCCAGUUUGUAAUGUAAGUCAGGUUUGGCCUUAGUCUCAGUAUGUCUGCAAGGCAUAGAACCUGCCCCAGAUCACAGUCUCUCUGACCAAUCCAGCCAAAAUGUACUCCAUGUCUGAAGAUAAACGACUGCAAAAUAUAGCUGAUCAUGUGGUAUCGUGUAUUAGUAAAAUAUAUUUCCUAUGGUACAGCCCUGUAAUAUUUUUUAGUAAUUUGCCACUAUGACCCUCUUGCAAGCCCAAAUACUGGUGUAUUCAUUUGAACUAGAUUUUGCUCAUUUUACAUGAUACUGUAACGCCUGUAACCUCAAUUAGGUAUCACCAGCUGACAUUCCACACUCCUUUUAUGAAUGCUGGAAACAAUUUGAAUCAAACUCUAGAUUUCCUUUAGAUUUAUAAAGUAUCCAUCCAAAGUUAUAGAUAUGCACCCUAAGGGUUUUAUUUUUGGUUUUUAGUUUUACAGUCCUUUAAGUUGACUUCUUGCUAUUUGGCUCUUUAUUUUAUCUGGGAUACAUCACUCUGUUAAUUUCAUUAAAAUUUGUUCUUUAAUCAAAAUUGACCAUAAAGAUAAGACACUUGGUGGUCACUGCUGUUUGCAUGUCUGUCAUGUGUUUGCAGUUACAUCUGUAUCUGUUAUACCACAUCACAUGCUUAGUCCAUGUUUAACAUCUUUUUAAAAGGUUGGAAAAUAAUUUUAGAAAGCCCUAUACCUUUUUUUUUUUAAUUAAGAAGUUAAACUUAGCAGCAAAAAGUUAAGUGUAGUGGUUUUUAAAGAAAUUUUUUUAAAUCUGAUCUGUUCUGUGCACUGCACAAAAUGAAAAGUACUUGUUUAUGCUAAACCUAAGGAACUACCGAACCAGUGGGUGAAGAACACUGAGAACUUCACACAUGAUCAGUUGUACAGUCUUUUGAAAAUAUUUUUCAAAUAUGUACUUAGUUGGACUAGAGUUUGACAAAACUAGUCUCUUUAGUUAAUGUUUUCUUUGUUACUUUGAAACCAUACUGUGUUCUGGUAGAUACCAUGUGUCUGUCUGUAUGUGUGUUAAUCUGUAGAAGCCUGAAUCAGGAAUGGAGAAUUUACAAGUUGAGUAUUAAAAUACUGGUACAUGCUUUGAAAAAAAAAAUGGUAAUUCCAGAUGUAUAGAUGGAAAAUAAUCUGUCAUAUUUUGAAGGCAUACUCCCGUGUUUAGUAUGAGCUACAAGUCUGGACAUAAAUGUUUGAAAAAUGGUAAACUUGCUAUGAAUCAAAUAUUAUUAAUCAAACAUUUCCAGUACAGUAAUGAUAUAGAAAUUGCAUUUCAGGAACAAAUUGAAGGUUCUCUAAAUCUCUCACCCAGAAACAGUGAAUUAAAUUCUUGAUAAGUGUGGUUUUAAAUGUGGGAAUGAAAUUAAGCACAUGUCCCAAUGUGUGUAUCUUGUGAUUCUGCCUCCAGCCAAAUAAUGCAAAAAUGUGGCACCUGUUUUUAUUGUGUUACUUACUUUCUUUGUUGACAAUUUUUAGUUAUUUUCUAAAAAUUACCAAUAUUUGGAGAAAGAAAGUGAACACAAAAAAGCAAAUCAGUAUUUUGACUGUAGCACAGUAGCCACAGCAGCAUUUUAGUCUCUGAAGAAGGUUGUGCUCCAUACUGUUGUGUGCCUUAGUUGUGCUGCUCAUACAAAUGAAGGAAAGGAAAGGCCUCCAGCCACUCAACUGCCAUUAUUAGUUAUUCCUUUAAGGUUCCCAAGGUGGCAGGUACCUCUGUUAGUACUUGGACGAGAGGCACAGCAUCUCUUCACCACACUGCUUGGAUUUUCACAGGAUUGUACUAAAAGCUGUGACUCAUCCAGAAUCAGUUAUUUGUUUAUAUGGUAACAGUGCUCAUUCCUCUUCUCCAUGGUAAGUGACAGGAUGAAAAAAAACUGACAUUUUUCAGAGCCUUUUUACCUUUGAGUUUAGAGAGAAGAUGCUAAGGUACUGGAUAAUGAUACUGCAUUUGAUUGGGGAGUAAAAGGCAGGGAAGGAAGUGAACUUGGGCUUUUUCAGUAGGGUGUUCCCUCUUCAAGGCGACUGUGCCGAUUUGUUUGUUUUAUCAAUUUUAUGCAUAAUACGUGACUGUACAACCUUAUAUCUUAAGUAACUACAAAUCAUUGUUAUUUAAAGCCAACAAAAUAGCAUAACAGUUUUAAGUUCAAUAAUGUUAAGUAUUGUAUAGAAAUAUAUUGGAGGUAAAGUUCAGUUAUGAAAUUGUGUAUAUGUUAUUGAUGCUGUAAAUUAUUUUUAAUAAAGAAAAUUGUAUUAUCA